AUGUCUAGCCAGCCGCCGCAUCCCGCCCUGCUCAUCCCGGGCCCAAUCGAGUUCGACGAUGCUGUCCUUCAGUCUAUGAGCCAUUACAGUGAAUCGCACGUCGGCGCACCCUUCGUCAGCACCUUUGGCGAUGUUCUGUCCAACCUGCGCAAGCUCUUCCAGACCACCGACCCCGCCUCGCAGCCCUUCGUCCUUUCCGGUUCGGGUACGCUCGGCUGGGAUCAGGUCGCUGCGAACCUCACCGAGCCUGGCGACGAAGCGCUUGUCUUGCAUACUGGAUACUUUGCCGACUCGUUCGCCGACUGCUUCGAGACAUACGGAGUGAAGGCGACACAGCUCAAGGCAGCCAUCGGGGACCGGCCACAGCUCGACGAGGUCGAGCAGGCACUGAGGGAGAAGAAAUACAAGGUCUUGACCGUCACCCACGUCGACACUAGCACGGGAGUGCUUAGCGAGGUCAAGGCGCUGAGCGAGCUUGUGCACAGAGUCAGCCCGGACACAUUGGUCGUGGUUGACGGCGUGUGCAGUGUCGGUGGCGAGGAGAUCAAGUUCGACGAGUGGAAGCUCGAUGUCGUCCUUACGGCUACACAAAAGGCCAUUGGCUGCCCUGCCGGUCUCAGUGUGCUCAUGGCUUCUGGCCGUGCCAUUGAGGUAUUCAAAGCAAGGAAGACGAGGCCCAACUCCUACUUUGGAUCGUGGAAGAACUGGCUGCCAAUCAUGCAAAACUACGAAGCCAAGAAGGCCUCCUACUUCGCCACACCCUCCCCUCAACUCAUCCACGCCCUCGACACAGCCCUUAAACAGAUCCUGUCGCGGCCGCUUGACCAGCGCUUUGCCGACCACAGAAACGCCUCCCAGAAGGUCAAGAAGGCAAUUGCAGACCUCGGCUUGAAGCAGCUUGCUACCAAGCCUGAGAACCAGGCUAAUACAAUGACGGCCAUCGUUCUGCCCGAGGGUGUCACCCCACCGGAUGUGGUCCCUAGCCUGCUAAAGAAGGGUGUCGUUUUCGCCGGUGGUCUGCACAAGGAGAUCGCAUCCAAGUACAUCCGAUUAGGUCAUAUGGGUGUCAGUGUUACGGAUCCAAACCGCGGCGAUCUCACCAAGGCCAUUGAUGCGUUGAGAGAGUCGCUCGCUGAGGUUGGAAAGGCAUAG